GUCUCAUCUAUUACAUCACCGGUCCAGAUCUCUUAAUUUUCGCCAAUCUAUAAAUAUAGAUGCACAGAAGUGAGCUUUUUUUAUCUUCACUUACUCACUUAGUCUUUGUCUAAAUCCUUCUUUCUCUCAACUAAUUUCUUAAUUAUGGAUCUCAAAUUUCUCUCAACGGUUACACUAAUCGUCACUUUCUUCGCGGGUGACGUUUAUGGCCAAUCUCCGGCAGCUUCUCCGACCAGUUCUCCUUUAUCUCCUCAUCAAAAGCCUAUAUCCACAUCUCCCGCCAUUUCUCCUGCUUCUCUGUCGCCAAUAUCCACUCCCAAAGCAGCUCGGGUGAAGGCUCCAGCAGCUUCUCCCACCAGUUCUCCUUCUAUAUCUCCUCAUCAAAAGCCUAUAUCCACAGCUCCCGCCAUCUCUCCUGCUUCUCAGUCGCCUAUAUCCACAGCUCCCGCCAUUUCUCCUGCUUCUCUGUCGCCUAUAUCCACAGCUCCCGCCAUUUCUCCAGCUUCUCCGUCGCCGAUAUCCACUCACACAACAGCUCCGGUGAAGGCUCCAGCAGCAUCCCCUUCCAUCGAGGCUCCAAGAUCCUCUGAUUUGGCUCCUGCGAAGACUCCAGCAUCUUCCCCUUCCUCCAUUGAGGCUCCUUCCUCUUUCGUGCCACCGACGUCUUCUCCUUCUCAUACACCUGAGGCCUCUCCUACACCUGAGAUCUCUGCCCCGGCUCUUUCACCGGAGACUGAUUCUACUCCGACCCCUUCACCGGAAACUGAUUAUCUUCGGGCUCCAGUGGUUGCGCCGUCAGUUGAUGUCCCGGCUCCAGUGGUUGCGCCAUCAGCUGAUGUCCCGGCUCCAGGUCCGAGUAAACAUAAGAAGACUAAAAAGAUAAAGAAGCACAAGAACGUGCCGACUCCAGCUCCAGCUCCAGCUCCUGAGCUUCUAAGCCCGUCUGAUCCGUCCACGGAAGCUCCUGGACCAAGUGAUGCUUUCGCUCCCGACACCUCAGACGAUAAGAGUGGAGUAGAAAGAACCGCUGUGAUGCAAAAUGUGGUUGUGGGAGCUGUGGCAACAACAGCAUGGGCUCUUCUCGCGCUGGCCUACUAAUAAAUUUUUGGUUUAUUUUGCUUUUAUGUUUCAGCAACUUCUUUUCGCAUUGUCUGCCUCGUUACAUCUGCUCACAAUAUUAUUUAUCAGCAUUUGAUAUACAAUUUGGGUGUUUACGUGUACAAAUAAAUCCAUUUUCCUUUUUUCGUGUGGAUCAAACUGGAGCAAAUAUUCUAAAUUUUGGUGUUAUU